AUUCUUGAUGCCUUGGACGAGUGCGGUAGUCGCAAGGAACUCAUGGGCGUGAUCAAGAAGAUGUCUGCGUGGCAAUCGCAAGGACUACAUCUUCUGCUGACAAGCCGCAGAGAAGGAGACAUCGAGACCACACUAGGACGUAUCUUGAAAGGCGAGAACAUCUUGUGCAUUCAGACUGAAGCAGUCGACCAUGACAUAAAGUCCUAUGUGCGUCAGCGACUCUCCGAUGAAGAAAGCUUGCAGAAGUGGAAGGCGGAUACCACAAUCCGGCAACGGAUAGAGAGUUCGGUAAUGGAAGGAGCUCACGGAAUGUUCAGAUGGGCUGCUUGCCAGCUCGACAUCCUUGGAGAAUGUCGUAAUCGGAGACAACUCCUGCAGGCUCUUGCAGAUCUCCCACCAGACUUGGACGAGACAUACAACCGGAUUCUUGGUGCAAUCAAGAAAAGCGACAUUCCAUAUGCUAUUCGCAUUCUACGAUGGCUGGCCUUUUCUUCAAGGCCCAUGAUGCUAGCAGAAGUAGCUGAGAUUGCUGCUAUCGAUGCCGACCGCCGUCCAGGCUUCGAUCGCGACGAGGUGCUCGAAGACCCGUUGGAAGUGCUCAGCAUAUGCUCCAGCUUAGUGACUCUAGCAGCUUCGCAUAGUGUGGACAGCGAUAGUCGAUACGACGUUCCUGUAGGGUCUGUGGUCCUCUUGGCACACUACUCUGUGAAAGAAUAUCUGAUUUCAGAGCGCAUUCGCCAAAGUAAAGCGAGUAUAUACAGCAUGGAUCCUGUCCUCUGUCACCAACAUAUAGCCAAAUGCUGCAUUCAGUACUUGCUACAAUUCAACACGCCACAUGCUCUGACCGAAGAG